ACGAAAAGGCCAAAAAAAAAAAAAAACAAACCCAUCACCCACUUAUGACCUGAUCGUCGAUGAUCAGACGCGAUCCGGAGUGGUUUGAGAGCCCUCGCAAUUUACGUUAUUGACCAUCCAAGUAUCCAAACAUUAGCUCAUUAGCCGCCGCCAUGGCUCUUCAUCGGAGCUUCCUUAUCUUCACCGUCAUGUCGUCGUUUGCCACCCUUACUGCAGUUGUGGUGUGUGGCCAGGUCCAGCACUACUACACGGCUUACCACCCUUACUGCUCCACGACGGGAAACUACAGCACCGGCAGUCCGUACCAGGUCAACCUAGUGAAGCUAAUGGGCGAGCUCCCCUCGAUCGCCCUCGCCAACCGCGGUUUCCAGGUCGACACGGCCGGCGAGCACCCCAGCACGGUGUUCGGCCUCGCCAUGUGCUACGCGGACACCAGCUGGACCGCGUGCCGCCCCUGCCUCGAGGCCGGGGCCGCCGGGGUGCAGCAGGCGUGCCCGUUCGGCCGGGAGAUGAAGGCCCUAUACGACGAGGUCUGCCUCCUGCGCUACUCCGACCAGCCCUUCUUCUCGGCCGCCGACGUCGACGUCGCGUUCUACGUCUGGCAGAAGGACUCCGUCGUCGCCGCCGCCGACGUGCCCGCCUUCAACGCCACGCGGUGGAGGCUGAUGGCGCGGCUCGCCGCCGAGGCUGCCGUCUCCUCGCUGCGGCUGGCGAACGGGAGCGAAGCGUACGCCGCGGAGGCGGAGGACUCGCGGGGAGCCGGCGCCCAGCAGGUCGCCGUGCCCGUGCACGGGCUGGUGCAGUGCACCAGGGACCUUAACGCCAGCGAGUGCACCAGAUGCCUCACGAGUUUCCUCGCCGGCCUGUCGAGCUCGCUCCCCAACUACACCUACGGCACCGCCAAGGGCUAUAGCUGCUAUAUGGCUUACAGGGUCGGGGACAAGCUGGACAUCACCAUUCCGCCGCCGGCACUAGUAGCAUCGUCGCCACCGCCGCUGCCAUCAACUACCACGUCGCCUCUGCCUGACCGCACGCCGACGGCAGCUCUGGUGGCCGGUGUGUCAGUUAGUUCUGCGGCAGUCUUCAUCGUCUCCGCGGGCGUCUCGAUUUGGCUCCUGCUGCGGCGGCGGCGACGCAGGCAAAAGGCGAGAGAACAAGAACUGCGUGCGUUUGAUGGUGACUACAACUACAACGACGAGGAGGAGCCCCUGCAAGACGAAUUUGAGAAAGGGACAGGGCCGAGGAGGUUCCGCUACCGCGAGCUGGCCAUGGCCACGGGCUUCUUCUCCGACGAGGAGAAGCUCGGCGAAGGAGGCUUUGGGUCGGUGUACCACGGCUACCUCAAGGACAUGGGCAUUCACGUCGCCAUAAAAAGGGUGUCCAAGGGCUCCAAGCAGGGGAGGAAGGAGUACAUCUCCGAGGUGAGGAUCAUAAGCCGGCUGAGGCACCGCAACCUGGUGCAGCUCAUCGGCUGGUGCCACGGCGGCGGCGAGCUCUUGCUCGUCUACGAGUUCAUGCCCAACGGCAGUCUCGACACUCAUAUCCACAACCACGACAAAGUACUGCCGUGGCAUCUGAGGCAUGAGAUCGUGCUUGGUAUCGGCUCCGCGCUCCUGUACCUGCACCAGGACUGGGAGCAGUGCGUGGUGCACCGUGACAUCAAGCCGAGCAACGUCGUGCUGGACGCGUCCUUCAACGCCAAGCUCGGCGACUUCGGGCUGGCGAGGCUGGUCGACCACGACCGGGAGUCCCACACGACGGCGCUCGCCGGCACCAUGGGCUACAUGGACCCGGAGUGCAUGGUCACUGGCACCGCGUGCGCCGUGUCCGACGUGUACAGCUUCGGAGUGGUGGCGCUCGAGACCGCCUGCGGCCGGCGGCCGGUCGUGGUCCUGCGAGAGACGCAGCAAGGGUCAGAAGCCACGGCGGGGCACACGCACCUGGUGCGGUGGGUCUGGGAACACUACGGCCGCGGCAGGGUGGUCGACGCGGCGGACGCGCGGCUGAGCGGCGAGUUCGACAGGUCGGAGGUGGAGCGCGUCAUGGUCACCGCGCUGUGGUGCGCGCAUCCUGACCGCAGCCUCAGGCCGUCCAUCAGGCAGGCCGUCAACGUGCUGCGGCUCGAGGCGCCGCUGCCCAUCCUGCCGGCGAAGAUGCCGGUCGCGACGUUCGUGCCACCUGCGCACGGUCUCCUGUCUGAAGCAAUGGCGAUCGUGACCGACAGCGGCAGCUCCGGGAGUGGCACCACAAGCUCCAGCACCGUGUUGGCACCACAGGAAUCGUCCCCGACUCCCCGCUGAGAUGACAACGCGCGUGACCGGGUCUGAUACCAUUAGAACGGACACUGUUGAUGCUCAAAAGUGUUCUAUAUGUAAUACUGGUUCAGAAAACUGGACAAACAUCACAACCUGUUUAAGGGCCUAUUUGUUUCAGCUUAUAAAUUAUAUAAUCUGGAUUAUAAUCUAAAUUAUAUAAUCCAGAUUAUAAUCUAGAUAUAUUAUAAUCUAUAUGUAGUUGUUUGAUAGUUUAGAUUAUACAAAUGUAGAUUAUUCACAAAGACAACAAUACCCUUAUUGUUUA